ACCCUAACAAGAGCUUCGAGGUUCAUUCUAAUCAUCUGUUUGGUUGAUUGAGAAAAUUGAAAGUUUAUUAUUGUACAAUUUAAAACAGCUUUACCUUUGAUUCAAGCGAUGAACUACCGGUUUCAAAACCUGCUGGGAGCCCCCUACCGAGGAGGCAACGUGGUGAUCACUAAAAACAACCUGCUAAUCUCACCGGUGGGUAACCGCGUGAGCAUUACCGACCUCGUCAAGUUCCAAACACUAACCCUCCCGGUGCAGUCCUCCUCCGACAUCUGCCGCCUGGCGGCCUCCCCGGACGGCGUGUUCCUCCUGAUCGUCGACGGCAACAGCCGGUGCCUCCUCGUGAAUCUCCACCGGCAGGUGGUCCUCCAUCGGAUCUCCUUCAAGAACGCCGUGAAAGCCGUGGCCUUCAGCCCCUGCGGGUCCCUCAUCGCCGUCGCCGUCGGCAAGCUCCUCCAGAUAUGGCGCGCGCCGGGCUUCAAGAAGGAGUUCUUCCCCUUCGAGCUCAUCCGGACGUUCGCCGACUUCGACGACAAGGUCACGGCGCUCAAGUGGAGCCCCGACUCCAAGUACAUAAUCGCCGGGUCGAAGGACCUGACGGCGAGGUUGUUUUCCGUGAACAAAACCGGCGUUGUCAAAACGAAGCCGUUUAUGUUUCUUGGCCAUAGAGAUACAGUAGUGGGUGUGUUUCUGGGAGUGGACAAGAUGACGAAUACAGUUUCUAGGGCUUAUACGGUCACGCGGGAUUGCUAUAUGUUUAGCUGGGAGUUGAGUGGCAGUGACGGUGAAUUCGAUGAAACGGGAGGGGAGAAUUCGGAGCCGGACUCGCCAGGGACGCCGGAGAGGGAAGUCGAGACCGAGAGGGGGAAUGAAGUGAGUGUGAAGAAUAAGAAGAGGAAGGGUUUGGAUGGAAAUUUGGAGGAGAACGGAGGGAAAUGGAGGUUGUUGAGGAAGGAUGGUUUUGGCCAGGCCCCGGCGAAGCUGACGGCGUGUGACUAUCACGGGGGGCUCGAUAUGCUGGUGGUGGGGUUCUCGAAUGGGGUUUUCAGGUUGUACCAGUUGCCGGAUUUUGUUUGUAUUCAAGUCAUGUCGAUAUCGAGGCAGAAGAUCACCACGGCGUUGUUUAAUGAGGCGGGGAAUUGGCUGACGCUCGGGUGUGCGAAGCUCGGGCAGUUGCUGGUGUGGGAGUGGCGCUCUAGCACUUAUGUAUUCAAGCAGCAGGGACAUUUCUUUGAUGCGAAUUGUGUGGCUUAUUCAGCGGAUUCACAGUUUUUGGCUACUGGAGCAGAUGAUAACAAAGUCAAGGUGUGGACUGUUUCAUCAGGCUUUUGCUUUGUAACAUUCUCAGAGCACACUAAUGCAGUCACUGCUCUCCAUUUUAUGGCUACUAACCAGUGUCUCUUAAGCGCAUCUCUGGAUGGGACUGUUCGUGCAUGGGAUUUGGUCCGUUAUCGGAAUUUUAGGACAUUUACAACCCCUUCAUCUAAGCAAUUUGUUUCCUUGGCAGCUGAUCAAAGUGGUGAAGUGAUUUGUGCUGGAACUCUAGAUUCAUUUGAGAUAUUUGUUUGGUCAAUGAAGACGGGCCGUUUGUUGGAUGUUCUUAGUGGUCAUGAAGGACCUGUUCAUGGGCUAAUGUUUUCUCCCACAAACGCAAUCUUAGCUUCUUCAUCAUGGGACAGAACUGUUCGAUUGUGGGAUGUUUUUGAGGGUAAAGGUGCCGUCGAGACAUUUCCUCACACACAUGACGUUCUUACAUUGGUUUAUCGUCCAGAUGGAAGGCAAUUGGCUUGCAGCACAUUAGAUGGACAGAUUCAUUUCUGGGACCCAAUUGAUGGCUUGUUAAUGUACACCAUUGAGGGCCGUAGGGAUAUUUCUGGUGGUCGUCUCAUGACUGAUCGUAGAUCUGCCGCCAACUCAACUUCAGGGAAGUUCUUCACAACCUUGUGCUAUUCUGCUGAUGGCAGUUACAUAUUAGCCGCAGGGAAUAGCAAAUUCAUCUGUAUGUAUGAUGUUGCAGAUCAGGUAUUGCUGCGUCGAUUUCAAGUAACCCAUAAUCUCUCUCUAGAUGGAGUUCUUGACAUCUUAAACUCAAAGAAUAUGACAAGAGAUGGCCCUCUGGAUCUAAUUGAUGACGACAACAGUGACACGGAAGAAGGUGUUGACAAACAAACCCGAACAAACUUAGGUUCUGGUUUACCAGGAUCCAUAGGAAACGCCGGAAGGUCUUCUAUUCGUACAAAAUGUCUGAGAAUUGCACCCACUGGGCGGAGCUUUACAGCUGCAACAACAGAGGGGGUGUUAGUUUAUUCAAUUGACGAAUCCAUUAUCUUUGAUCCCUCAGACCUUGACGUAGAAGUUACACCAGAGGCAGUUGAUGCAGCACUAAGUGAAGGUCAACCAAACAAAGCUUUAAUUCUUAGCCUUCGUUUGAAUGAGGAUGCUCUAAUUAAAAAAUGCAUUUUUGCCGUCAGUCCCGUGGAUAUACCGGCUGUUGCCUCAUCAAUCCCUUACAAAUAUUUGCAGAGGUUAAUACAAGCAUUUGCAAAUCUUCUUGAAAGCUGCCCGCACUUGGAGUUCAUACUUCGAUGGAGUCAGGAACUCUGCAAGGCCCAAGGCAACUCUAUUAAACAGAAUUCGAGAAAACUGCUUCCUGCUUUAAAGUCCUUGGAGCAAGCAAUUGUCAGAAGACAUCUGGAUUUGGCAGAUACAUGUUCUUCUAAUGAAUAUAAGCUUCAAUAUUUAUGCUCCACCAGCACCACAAAAUGAAUGGGUGUAGGAUAACUUGUAGGCGCUUGGGCAAGAUUUUUUUGAAACAUUAUUUACAUCUGGUUGUUCUACUGCAAGGCGGACCAGUUUUAACUCUCUUCCUACUAUGCAUUGAAUCCAUCCUGCGGCCCUCGAGAAGCCGGAGAAUACCCAUUAUGCAGGCCUUCCACGAGUGGUCCGGUGUGUUCGUUACAAAAUCAUCCAUGCAUCAAAUUCUGCUGUUCAUUACAGAAGUAUUUAUGGCAUCAAUUCAUGCUGUUUCUGAUUAUUUAUAUCAAUUUUGCCAUUACAAACAUUAGCCUGUUAAGAUAUGCGUUGCAAUACGGUAUAGUAGUAUUAGAGCUAUCAAUAUUGUAGAUUUGUUGUAAUGCUCAACAGGAGAUUUGAUGGAAUCAAAAGGUUCUUAUUGCGUGCACU